UUUAAAAAUUUGGCCGCUAAUUCAUCUGAUUCGCUCCUCUUUAAUUUGCUUCCCAAUUUCCGAUUGCCACCAAGAAAUAAUGGAGCCUCUGCCUCUGCGCUCAAAUUUCGAUCUCUCUCCCAUCUCAUCGGCGCUUCCAAAACCUGCUUUACUACCUCUAUUUUCUUCCCGUCGGAUUUCCACCUCAAUUAGGCCUCAUGUUUCCAGAAAAUGGAGCUUUUACUGUGCUUCCUCUCUUCACACCAUUAAGCAGACGAAGCCUGGACCCCAAUCCAAUGCUCCAGAUUUCUUCAGAUCAGUCGGAAGAGGUUUUAUUGGUUUUGCUGCCGGCGCUGCAGCUCUAGCCUCGCUUUGUUGCGACUCUCCCGCGUUUGCUGAGUCUGUAACGGUUGCUUUUCCUGUUUCCCGAGCUCGGGAGGUGAAUACAGUUCAAAGAACGCUUGUUGAGGCUUGGGGUUUGAUUAGAGAAACAUUUGUAGAUCCAACAUUUAACCAUCAAGAUUGGGAUUUGAAGUUGCAGCAAACGAUGGUAGAAAUGUUUCCUUUGAAUUCAGCAGAUGCUGCAUAUACUAAAAUCAGUGCGAUGCUUUCCACUCUUGGGGAUCCCUUUACUCGGAUUAUAAGUCCAAAGGAGUACCAGAGUUUUCGAAUUGGAAGUGAUGGAAAUUUGCAAGGAGUUGGAAUUUUUAUAAAUGUUGAACCAAAAUCCGGCCAGUUGGUUGUUUUGUCUUGCGUAGAGGGUAGCCCAGCUGCUCGUGCUGGCAUACAUGGAGGAGAUGAAUUGAUUGAGAUCAAUGGGGAGAGGCUUGAUGGUCUGGACAGUGAAGCUGCAGCACGGAAGCUGAGAGGGCGUGUUGGAACAUCUGUUACAGUAAAAGUCCACAGCGUGCAAGAUUCAACAAGUGAUUCUAGUAUCAAAGAGGUCAAAUUGCCUCGUGAGUACAUUAAGCUAUCCCCAAUAGCCAGCUCCAUUAUCCCACAUAGAACACCAGAUGGCCGUCAAACAAAGACUGGUUAUGUGAAGCUGUCAACUUUCUCUCAGAGUGCUGCUGCUGAUAUGGCAAAUGCAGUGCAUGAAAUGGAAACGCAAGGCGUACAUUCAUACAUUCUUGAUUUACGGAACAACCCAGGGGGUCUGGUAAAAGCCGGACUUGAUGUUGCCCAAAUAUGGCUGGAUGGGGAUGAGACUCUUGUGAACACCAUUGACAGAGAUGGAAAUAUGCUCCCCAUUAGUAUGGUGGAUGGGCAUGCCGUUACACAUGAUCCACUUGUUGUUCUUAUCAAUGAGGGAAGUGCAAGCGCAAGUGAGAUUUUAGCUGGAGCACUGCACGACAAUGGUCGGGCCAUCCUUGUAGGGCACAAAACCUUUGGCAAAGGAAAAAUCCAGAGUGUGACAGAGUUGCAUGAUGGAUCAGCUCUAUUUGUCACAGUUGCUAAGUAUCUAUCACCUGCACUUCAUGACAUAGAUCAGGUCGGGAUAAUGCCUGAUGUGCAGUGCACAACAGAGAUGCUCAAUUCACCGAAGGAUGAGAGCUCAGCCUCAUCUCUUGAAGCAGAUUCCUGUAUCAUGGUAGCUGAACAUGAGUUGGAUAUUCAAGAGUCCAGAGGGACUGCAUCUUGAGAAGGUAGGAUUCUGCUAUUCUUCAACUUCCUUAGUUGGAAUUUAGAUGUAUAUGAAAGAAGAAAGUAUUCUAUACACAUUAACUGUGCAUUUGUAUUAUAAUUUAAGUUAGAUAAGAAAUUUAGAAUCAAAUAAAGAAAAAAAAUCACACAAAUAAAUUAUUUAUCCAUUAUUUCAUUUUAGCUCUGUAUAACCAACAUGAAAGAAUGAAUACAAUGCAACUCUCAACCACUCACAAAACCAAGAAAUCAUCCAAAUCCCAGACCAUCAAAAGCCAAUCCUAUUACAUAAAUAUAUAGAAAUCAAUGCCUCAAGAGAGCAACAAAAGAUAGAACAAGAGAAGAUGCAACAAUGGCAGUGGACACUGGUAGAGAGAACCCUGCUCCAUUAUCCAUUGAAGGAGCAGGAGCAGCUGCAGUCUGUGCAGAUACACAAGUAGCUGCCAGGAAGAUGGCAGCCAUAGAGGCAACAACAAAGGCGUUGAAGCUUCUAAUCUGAGCCAUUCUAGUGAACGAUGAGAAGAGUAGUUGAAAUGAGUUUGUUGUGAAGAACUGUAGAGAGA